AUGUAAGAGUUUUGUUAGAUAGAGAGAAAGCGGUGAUGGUUGCGGUACAAACUAAGAAGUUAAAUUGAACUGAUCAAGAAAGAAGACACAAUGUAAUUUCUAGGUGAAAAAUAUCUCAUGAAGUCCAAAGCGGACUUUAAUAGUGUUGGGAGAAACUAAAGGAAAACUGUGACCACGCAGACUUCUACUGAAAAGCACUUAAGAACUUCUAAAAGGAUACUUUCACAAAAAUGAAUGAGUGUUGACGUUAAAUGGUAGAAAUUCAGUGCAUUCACAACUCAAAAUAGACAACAAACAUUAUUUUAUGAACACAAAUUAAAAGGUGACUUUCAAUAUAGCAUAUUUCUAGUUUUAAUAUAACCAAUGUGUGUAUUAGUUGUAGGCUAUCAUGUUUUUUGUCCUAACUGAAAUAAUAUAGUAAAUUAAUUGAUUUUAUGAAUGAGACACAGAUUUGUUAGUUCAUACAUCAUAUUUGUAAUUUGCUUUGAUAAAAACAAAAUGACAGUAAAUAUUGGAAACAGGGAUUUAAUUGAUCAGAUUCGAUCUAUUCUGGAGGGUGGUGGUGAUAUUAACACUACCAAAGACAGAGUUGGAAACAACCUCUUGCACUGUUCCAUAAUAGAAGGGAAUGAAUCUGCUGUACAGGCGUUGUUAGAAAUGGGAGUGAAUUUGUCAAUAAGGAAUGGUGAAUACAAGACCCCUCUAAAUCUGGCAAUUCAAGGAGACGUUGGAUCUGGCAUUAUAGAUCAACUCAUGGGAAAAGGUGCCAGAUUAGAUGCCAGUGACAUCUUUGUGGUUAUUUCACACGAAAAAUUGCACUUGUUAGAGAAACUACUGGAUAAAGGUCUUGAUGUGAAUUAUCUCACCGAGAGAGAUGAUAAGUCACUACUUCAUGUAGCAGUGCAGAAGAAUUGUUUUCCAGCUGUGGAAAUGUUAUUGAUGCGAGGUGCGGAUGUCAACAUCCGAACCAAAACUGGUCACUGUCCUCUUCACUUGGUGAGAACCCCUGAAAUUCUUGAACUGCUCUUGAGCCGAGAACCUGACUUAAACAGUAAAACUCGCUUUGGUCACUCUGCUCUUCACCGAAUGAUUUCCAAUAACUUCAGAGUAGGAGUUGAAAUGUUAUUGAGAAGAGGAGCUGAACCGAAUGUAAAGGAUUGGAGUGGUGCCACCCCUCUGCAUUUUGCUGUGCAAGACAAGAACGCAGACUUGGUUAAAUCACUACUGGAUGGAGGUGCAGAUAUGGAAAUAAUAGACCUCCGAAAUAAAACACCACUCAAUCUUGCACUGCUUUCUAGAUUUAAAGGUGGAGUUUGUUCAUUUUUAGACAAAAGAUUAGAGAUUCUGAAGUAUAAUAAAAAUUAUGACCCGGCUGUUUUGGCAUCUUUGGACGUGGAAGGGGAAUUAGAGGCCUGUGAGGCUAAGCUAAAUAGGUUAUCGGCAUCCAUUGACGAAUACGAGGGAGAAUAUACGGAUACGGAAGGCCAGCGGCUUCAGGCCCGGUUAUGGCACAACUACCUCAGGAUUCAACGUAUCCCAGUAGUAACCGAGGCGGACGAGGGACGCCAGCGAAAGUUGUUGAGUGAGGCUAAACGCCUUUGUGAUGCGGCUAGUGAACGAAGGGGCGCAGUAGAAAUGGGGAGUGAGGAUGGUAAGGAGAUCGUAGUUAGUGAGCCUAUAACCAACAAAACGCAACCGCUCCGUGCAACCGCGCCCGUGGCGGCGAAUCAAGCUAAUGUAGGGGAUUCGACACCAAGCCCGGCUGACCAACGCACACAGCCGGUCAGUUCAAGCGCUAUACCACCGGCGCCACAUGACUCGUACCAUCGCACACGAGCCGUGCCCGUCUACAAAUGGGGGUUGAUGUUUGACGGAAGAUCACAAAGCGUAGGGGCGUUCCUCCAACGCGUUGAAGAACUCCGAAGAGCUAGGGGCGUGACCCCUACCGAACUUUUUGAGUCUGCUGUAGACCUAUUCUCGGGACCAGCCCUAGUUGGUAUCGAUCCACAAUAGGCCAGAUAAAUACCUGGGAACAGCUGUGUCAGGAUCUGGAAGUAGUCUUCCAGCCACCCGACCAUGACAUCCGGUUACAGCAGGAGAUUUUUAACAGAAUGCAAGGAGAGACCGAGUCAAUCGACCUCUUCAUCGCGGCGAUGGAGGGUUUGUACGGGCGACUAGCUACCAACGUGCCCGAAGAAGCUAGGCUGCGGCAAAUGUACCAUAAUCUGAAUCCCCAACUUCGAGAUAGGCUAGCUCUAUUUGAUGUUACAUCGAUCGAACAGCUGCGGAAACUAGGUCGUAAGGCAGAAGCGGGACGCUUCCGGUCAGUAGAACAGCGCAAUGUGCAUAGGGACCAUGACGUGAUGGAGCCGGACCUAGCUUAUACACCCGUAAGACGUAGGCCAACGCGUGACGCUGCACACCCUCAACCGGAUAGGAAAAUAUUCCAAACAGCUCGGCAGGCUGACGUAACGUGUUACAACUGCCAUGAAAAAGGGCAUAUGUCUAGGGAAUGUAAAAACAGUAAAAUAUCUUCCUCUGAUAAGCUAGUAUGCUGGCGUUGCAACAAAGUAGGCCAUAUACAGCGAGAUUGUCGUGUUAGGCUGAACACAAAUGGCCCUCGUUCGGGAAACGAGGCCGGGGUAAGUGGAAGCGCCGCCAUGACACCCCGCAAGUAGAGGAUCAUGCUUCCAAGCAACCUCAGAAGGCGACAUUAACGAUCAGGUCCAAUACAAAGAAAGAUGUUACAGCUCGAAAGGAGAUAAGGACAGUGCCCAUAGUUCGUGAACUUGUUGAUGAGUUAGUGGCAAUUGGCCAGAUUGAAAACGCGGAGGGUAAAGUUUUAAUUGAUACAGGAGCGCAGGUGUCCCUAUUGAAGCGGGGAGCCUCCUCCUCUGACCUUUUAAAAUCAGACGUGGUAUUAAGAGGAAUUUCAGGAAAAGUACUUAAAACAUAUGGACGCCAGCGAUUAACCUUGAACCUAAAACCGGGAGUUCAAGUACCAGGAGAUUUUGUCGUAGGGAAUCUUCCAAAGGGGUAUUUAGCGGUGCUAGGCUGCGAUAUCUUGGGUCAGGGAAAUGGAGAGAUUAGCGUAGGACGCGGCGUGCUCAGGUUGCUGGGCAAGGACAUUUGGCUGAACCGUUUAAGAAAGGGAGAAACCGUGCCAGACCCUAAUCGCAGUGAUGAGAGAAGUACGCAGCCAAAGACACAGCGCUAUGUGUACUGUUGCAACGAGGUCAAAAUCCCACCACGUUGUGAAAAGAUCAUUCGUGUAAAAACUAGUCGUUUCACCACAAAACCAGACGAGUUAGAAGGCGCAGAAGUAAUGAUUGAGCCCGGUGAAUUUGUAAUGCAUGGCGUCUACAUAGCCCGGACUUUAACAAAAAUAGAACAAAAUUGUUGUUGGGUCAAAACCGUGAAUGUGAGUGUUGAGGAAGUCACGUUGGCGAAAAAUCAAAAAUUAGGGAC